UCUGCAAAUUCAAAAUUCCAAAGUUGCGGACUUUUCAGAUUCUUCAAUAAAUUCUUCCUUUUCAUCCUUUCUGCUCUUCAACAAUUUCUUCUUUGUUCCGUUGGACAACUUUAGAUUAAAAAUUGCUGCCAAUUCUUCCUUUUCAUCGCAGUCCAAUGGCGGAGAAGAAGGGACAUCAUUUUUGUCUGGUGAAAAAAAUUGAAAAUUUACAGAACAAUUGAGAAUACGGAUGGAACUGAAUCGAUUAACACGUGUUGAAAAUGUAAUCCACCCACAAUUAAUUGAAGCUUAUGGUCGAAUUCGUUCAACAAGGGAUGAAAGUUUUAUUGAAGCAAGUGGAUGAAAAAUAUAAAGAGGUUUGCAUGAAAAAAAGAAUACAUCAACAACAAAUAUUGUUAGACGUAAAAAACCUCCUCUGGUGGAAAACUAAUAGAAAUUGUCCUUUAUAUGGAAAGGAGGAAAAAUUGGCUUCAAAAACUGUUGGGGAAAUUUGUCAGCCUCCAGUUUCUCGUAUAAGCGACAUUCUAGAUGAAGAAGGUUGUAGUCUUCCAUCUGGGGAAUUAAUUGAAGUUGAUGGAACGCGAUUAAAAAUAUCCAAAAAAUUGUAUAAACAUGCAGAAAAGGAAAGAAAAAAUGCUUUGAGACUUCACAUUCCUCGUAAAAUAUUGGAAAGUGGAGGAGGGGGAAUUGUUUCUAAAAAAUUUGGAAAGAAAGCUGCAAGACUUUCAUCUUCAUCAUCACUUACUAGAGCUAUCCCUCUAGGGAUUUCUAAACAAGAAUUGUUAGCUUCAAUUCCGUCAACUUCGAAUUUUAUACCUUUAAAUGAAGAUAUUCGAUUAGGUUUGUUGAUCGAGGUUUUUUAAUUUAAAAUUUAUCCUUGGGAUUUUCUUAACUUUUUUGGUAUUUGCCAAAUAUCAGCAAAAUUUAAUUCCGAAUGUUACUUUCAAUCGUUUGGAUGAAAAUGGAUCCACU